AUGAAGUUCUCCGCCGCCGCCGUUCUCGCGCUCGUCUCCGUCGCUUUCGCUGCUCCGAACCCCGAGGGACAGGCGAACUCAAUCAAGCUUAGCAAGGAGAACGUCGACGCUAUUGUCGCCGCUGCCCCCAAUGGCGAAUGUUACUUCGACUUCAGCUGCGGCUGCGUUUGGUGCACCUAG